CGAGCACGCUGUACGCGCACAUCGAAUGCAAUGUGGUGCGAUGAUGAUAUAAAGCAGUCGUCGGCCUCGAUGGCCACCCCGCUUUCCUCCCGUUGCGGGUUCCCUCUCUUUCCCUCUCCUCCUCUUCUUCUCCUUUGCUUCGCCUCCAAGACAGAUUCGACCGAUAAAUCGUAUAAAAGGAGAAGAAUUGCGGGGUUUGGAUUUGGUUUUUGGUCGUUUUCUUGGAUCUUCAGAAACCAUUUUCUUGCUAGAGUUAUUUCCCUCUUUUGACUAUGACCUGAUGAGUGGAGCAACUGAGGCUAAUAAUGAUGGAUGUGGGUUCUACACUUCUAAGAAUGGCUACUGAGACUGGGGUUUCAGGAUUUGGGAUUUUUGUCUGGCUUAUCACUGCUGGAUCAUUUGCACUUCUAGCUGUUGUUUAUGCAUUCCUGAAGUUUCAGAGGCAGGCAUCGCUGAACUGGGUUAAAGCUGCAGCUAGAGAAAAAAAGAAAGCAUGGGAAAAUCUAAAAUGUCCAACAUCUCCCCAUGUAUGGACAGAAGACAAUUCUCAUAGUGGUCAACCAUCUGCAUGUUGUGUCUGUUUAUAUUCAUUCGUAUCCCCACAAACUUUUGGAGACGAUAGGACAUGUGAUGUUCCCAUCCACCGGUGCUCUGUUUGUGGUGUUGCAGCUCAUUUUCAUUGUUCUGGGUAUGCCACAACUGACUGCAAACAUGUAGCACAAGCUGGUGCAUCUCGCUUGCUGCAUCAUUGGUCAGAGAGAUGGGUGGAUUUGGAUGAGAACUCUGAGCUGUCCUGUUUUUGUUAUUACUGUGAUGAACCCUGUGGUAUACCUUUCCUUGGUGCUUCUCCUGUAUGGCGCUGCUUGUGGUGUCAGUGUCUUAUACAUGUCGAUUGUCAUGCCAAGUUACUAAAAGAGACUGGUAAUGUUUGUGAUCUGGGCCCUCUUAGAAGGCUUAUCCUUUCUCCUCUUUCUGUGAAAGAAAUGGGUGGAAAACAGGGAAAUAGUGGCAUGUUGAAUUCUAUCAAGGAAGAGAUCAUUGCUUCAUCAGUGAAGGGUCGCAUGAGGCGGCGACGGAACCGAAGUAAAUAUGGGAGCAAUCAUUCAGCUUCCUUUGGAGUUUCUAUUAAUAAAUUGCAGAAUGCGGUGGAGGAAAACUUGCUACUUGAACCAAUGCUUAGAAGUCUUGCUGGAUGGAGCAAAUCUAAUGAAAAGAACAACAGUACAUUGGCAAGUUUUAGAAUCACUAGAAAUGGUCACCACCAGAAAAACAAGGAAACUGUUGCUGCUAAUGGAAAAGACUACUAUAAUCUGGUGGAUCUGCCACAAGAUGCUAGGCCACUUCUUGUUUUUAUUAACGGCAAGAGUGGAGCUCAGAAUGGAACUUCUCUGAGGAGGAGAUUGAACAUGUUAUUAAAUCCUGUACAGGUCUUUGAAUUAAGUGCUACACAGGGACCUGAAGUUGGAUUAAAGUUGUUCCGUAAUAUCCAAUACUUUAGGAUUCUUGUCUGUGGUGGAGAUGGUACUGUAGCCUGGGUUCUCGAUGCCAUUGAGAAGGAAAACUUUGAAUCUCCACCUCCUGUUGCAAUACUUCCCCUUGGCACAGGGAAUGACUUGUCCCGAGUUUUACAAUGGGGAGGAGGCUUUUCUUCAGUUGAAGGACAAGGUGGUUUGAGAGCUCUUCUUCAACAUAUUGACCAUGCAGCAGUUACGAUGCUAGAUCGUUGGAGUGUCACAAUUAAUGAACACAAUUCGGAGCAAAGUGAAAAUGCAAAGCAAACAAAGUUUAUGACAAACUAUUUAGGCAUUGGGUGUGAUGCAAAGGUAGCAUAUGACUUUCACAUGACUCGGGAAGAAAGACCCGACAAGUUCUAUAGCCAGUUUGUGAACAAAUUGCGAUAUGCCAAAGAAGGCGCCAAAGACAUCAUGGACAGAGCUUGUGCUGAUUUACCAUGGCAAGUUAAGCUUGAAGUCGAUGGUCACGAGGUUGAAAUCCCAGAGGAUGCGGAAGGUGUGCUUGUGUUAAAUAUCAGUAGCUACAUGGGAGGAGUGGACCUUUGGCAAAAUGACUACGAGCAUGAUGAUGAUUUUGACAUGCAAUCAAUGCAUGAUAAGACACUUGAAGUUGUAUGCAUAUCCGGGACUUGGCACCUUGGGAAACUUCAGGUCGGACUUUCGCAGGCCCAAAGGUUGGCCCAAGGAAAAGUAAUAAGGUUACACGUCCACAGUCCAUUUCCUGUUCAGAUCGAUGGAGAACCAUGGAUCCAGCAACCUGGUUGCCUUGAAAUAACGCAUCAUGGCCAGGUGUUCAUGUUGAGGAGGGCGUCUGAGGAGCCUACCGGGCAUGCUGCAGCUAUAAUGACAGAAGUGCUUGUAAAUGCUGAAUGCAGCGGCCUUAUCAACAGUGCCCAGAAGAGAUUGCUUCUCCAACAAAUGGCACUUCGGCUAUCCUCCUGACCCACCAUAAAUCGACUCUCUCAUAUCAGCUUGUUGUUAAUGAUAUAGGAGAUCGAGAAAACGUUUUAUCUUUCUGACAUAUGAAGAUACUUCUGCUUGAAGGAUGUGCACUUUGAGAAGGUUUUGCACUUACCGUGUGAAAAUUUCCUUCUACAACCCUUUCUUACACUUGUCGGCCACAUAGUUCAGAGAAAAAAAAAACCUACGAAGAGAAUGAUGUAAAUUCAUUUCAUUUCAGAGUUUGUAGAGUUUUACUUGAUGGGAGUGACGAAGUUGAAAGAUGCCAAAUUUUGUAAUCAGAGAGACAUCAUAUGAGUUGGAUAUAUAGAAAGAAAAAAAGAAGUGCAUAUUUUUUUUACG